UUCUGUUUAUCGCCAUUGAAAUUAAAAAAAAAAAAAAAAAAUGGAAAUUAAUGUACUACAGCAGAUGGGUCUUCCGGUAUUGGGAAUCGUUGCAGUUGCAGCUCUUACUUUCUAUGUUGUUAGCUUUUCUGAGCUCAGAGAGAAAUCAUUCAAGGAUUUGGAAGAGAGAGAAGACUCAGUUGGUUUCAGGUCAUCUUUGAGUUCUAGAGAGAGAAGGGCCAGGAGAAAGGCUGAUAAGCAAUCUAAAUAUUGAAAUUUGAAACCAUCAUCAAUAUUUUCAUUAACUUUCUGCCAAAAUUUCUCAUUACUAUUAUUAUUAUUUGUUUGGAGAAUUUAUUGCACUUCUUUUACUAUGUUUUGUUGCUCAAUCUCAAAAUUUGGUGUGAAAUUUCAAUCUAAAUAUGUACCUAAUAUUAUUACACCUAUGAAAUUUCAUACAAACCAAUAUAUUUUUUAGUUUUUUA